AUGGACACUUUUAUGCACCCUUUAGGAGUCUUAUCUGAUGAAGACUCUUGGACCAUUUUCAAAAGGUUCGCAUUCGCAGGGAAAAGCGACGAGUUUUGUGAAAAUUUAGAGGAUGUUGGGAAGAAAGUGUCGGAUAAAUGCAGGGGUCUGCCUCUAGCUUCAGAGACUGUAGGGAGUUUUAUGGUUUUAAAAGACACCAAAGAGGAAUGGGAACAUGUUUUGAACGACAAGAUUUGGCAGCUGGAGCUAGAAGACCGUGUUUCUAACCCUUUGAUGUUGAGCUACUACGACUUGUCACCAGCAGUGAAAAGAUGUUUUUGUUAUUGUGCUAAUUUCCCGAAAGGUACAAAGAUAGACGCUGUUAACUUGAUUCAAAUCUGGAUGGCCCAAGGCUAUCUUUACGAUGGAACUGUUGAUAUGGAAAUAACGGGUAGGAGGCACUUGAAUAGUUUGGUUACACGGUCCCUCUUUCAAGACCCCGAAAGAGACAAAGAUAGUAGAGCUGUUCUAAGUGUUAAAAUGCAUGACAUGGUUCAUGAUGUUGCAAGUUAUCUAAUGGAAAACGAAUGCUUAAUGGUCACGGAGAUGCCUAACAAAGUAAGAGAAAACCGUCAUUUAACGGUCACACUCGAGGACGACACCACAUUUCCCAGUCCUCCUAAGCAGUCAAAAAAAUUGUACACGUUUUCGAUUCAGUCGUUCCAUGACUGCCCGCAGAUUGUUGUUACUCAAGAUUGUGUUACACUCCCACCCGAGUUUUUCAAUAACUUCAAGUAUCUAAAAACGUUGGAUAUGAGUCGUAAUAUGUUGUUGGUGAUUCCAAAUGAUGUAGACAAGUUGAAAAACUUGUGUUACCUUAACUUAUCACAUAACCCGUUUUACGAGUUACCCGAAACACUUUGCAAUUUGCCAAAUCUGCAAACUUUGAAACUAAUUGCGUGUUAUCAUCUAACAAAACUACCUCAAAGCAUAGGUAAGCUUGAAAAGUUAAGACAUCUAGAGAUUGAUGAAACUAGAAGUCUAGUUUCAUUACCAAAAGCGGUUGCAAAUUUAACCUCUCUCCGGACAUUGAGUAGGUUUCUUAUAGGCAACGAUGAUGAAGCGUGUAGUCUUGGUGAUCUUAAAAAUUUGAAUCAUCUUCGGGGUCGUCUUGAAAUUGAGGGAUUGAAUCAGACAGAUGUAAGUGAGGCUAAGGAAGCUGAACUUGAAAAGAAGGAACAUGUUUCUGAUCUGAAUAUAAAUUGCCUAUUCGCGUCGAGUGUGAUCGAUGGUCUCGGACUGAAUCCAACUUUGGAAGUUUUACGAAUAGAUAAGUAUGGCGGUCAAGGGUUUCCCAAUUGGAUGGCUGAUCUAACCAAGUUAAAGAAGGUUCGGUUACACGAAUGGGCUAAUUGCAUCAAUUUGCCGCCUUUGGGUAAACUGCCGUUGCUCAAAGUACUUCAUAUUGAAGGCUUUAAGGCUAUUACGCAUGUGGGCUCUGAGUUUCUUGGAGUGUCAUCAUCGUUAUCUUCUACAACUGCAUUCCCAAAGUUGGAGAAACUCAAAUUCUCACAUAUGGAAAGAUGGGAAGAAUGGAAUAUCGAUAUGAUGAAAGAUAGUAAGAUCAUGCCGUGCAUUCGUUACCUGAAUCUUUCACAAUGUGACAAGUUACAGUCAUUACCACAAAAGCUUUUAGGCUUACCGAUCAAGAAACUGCGCAUCCGUAAGUGUCCCUUCUUGAAGCAAAGGUACCAAAAGGAAACAGGAGUGAGCAUGGAUAUGGUUUCACACAUCUCAAAUGUCCGGAUUCAGUAA